AUGCGCGCGCGCUGGCGCGCAGCAAGCGAGGCCAGGCCCUCACACCACGCUAAGGUGUGGGCUUUAGGCCUCGGGUCAGCAGCCGCCGGAGGAGCUCCAGCAAAGUCGGCGGCGCUCAGAGAAUCAGGGGGUAAAGUGGGACAAAAUACGAAACCGGUGGGGAGAGUGGCAACCUCAUACCCUCUGGGGACGCCCGAGUCGGCCUAUCCCGCGUUUACCUCAACCCGGCCAAGCCACGCGUUCCCGGCCCCUCCGCCGCCGCCGCCCCCACCUUGGCAGAGUCCCCUGGCCGCGGGCUCCCGGGCGCGGGCGGACCGGGAGGGCCGAGCUCCCGCCCACAGCCGCCUGCGGGCCGCCUGCCAGACGCGGCGGGAAGGAAGCGCCUUGUAUGGGCCUCAGGCAGGGAGGAAGCGCCAGGCAGGGCCCCGGGAGGAAACGCCAUAUUUGGCGAGGGGCGGGCCGGGGGCGGGGAGCGCGCCCGCGAAGGAGGUCGCUUCCGCCGCCGCAAGACAGAGCCACGCCGCGCCGCCCCACCCCGCCCGCGCCGGGCCGCGACCCCCGCCCGACCCCUCCUCCCGUCGGAGGUACGCACGGCUUCUGGCUCCGCUCCCUCGGUUCCAGAGCUACGGCAAUUGGGGACAGAAGGCGGGGUCCAGGCCGUCUUUGACGACAGACAGAGCGGAGAAGGAUUGCCGGCUCCCAGCACUCGCUCUGUGGCAAAACACUUUGGUCUCUGAGCCUCGGAUUCCUCUUCCUCCGAAGGAAAUGGGGAUAAAAUGA